CCUUUCUUUCCAUGGCUACUUCUAACCAAAACAAAGGAUGGUUACCCUGCUCUCAAGUGCAGUGUCUGCAUGACGUUUGGCAAGGAGACCACCAAGUACAGCUCUUCGGGCGAUGGUGGCCGAGACCUGCAGAUACAGACCAUGCGCAUACACGAACACUCCUCUGCAUACAAGGAAGCUGUGGAGGCCCAGCUGAAGAUUGCCGACGACAUCGCCAACGGGCAGAAGAGGAUUGACGACUAUUUGUCGUCGGAUGUCUAGGGGAGGACACCCCGGACCUACUGCUCCAGUCUUACGGUGUUUACCUCACUCGGUACGGCUUUUCAACAGAUGGUCCACUGCCUGGCGACUCUUCUUCAAUGGGCCCAGAUGCAGCACAUUCAAUCGUCCCCGUUCAUCGGCACCAGUUGUGACGAGAGCACUGAUCGUACCAGAGGGAAGCACUUGAUAGUGUACUUCACGUUCCUGCGCCAUCGUCGCGUCGUCACCGAAUUUUUCUCGUUGCUCACCAUCGAGAAGUGCGAUGCCGCCUCCCUGCUCUCCGUGCUCCACACUCAUCUUCAAGGUGCCGGCAUCGAACUCAACCGCAUCGCGGGAAUCAGCACCGAUGGCGCUUCCGUCAUGGUUGGGCGCGAGAACGGUCUCGUGGCGCGGCUCCGCGAGCAAAUUCCUCACCUUGUGUCGUCCCACUGCAUCGCCCACCAGUAUAGACUCAUUAUGUUUUUUUUUUUUCGCUUUGUUUUUAAUCGUUUACUCAUUUGUUUAUAUGGAUUGUGCGCAGGGAAGCUUUGGCUGUGAAGGACGCCGCGUCUGCCUGUCCAGACUUGGACAUGGUCAACAAGGUCAUCCGAACUCUGGCCAAUGACCUCGGCCGUUCAAGCGUGUGGAGCCAGCGGUUCAAGUACCUGCAGCGUGUCAUCCACAAGACCAACCUUGAAGUUCAAGGAAUCCACGCAAUUCGGUGGCUGUCCAGGGGCGAGGCAGUCAGGUCCUUGGUGCUGCCAUCGUUUUACUAUAUGAGUAUAACCAUGAGCUGUACGAGGUUGUCAUCUCAUACAAGUUUCAGUUUUGUCUCUUCUUCCUGGCAGACGUCCUCGCCAUCAUGAACGAGCUCAACCUCAAGUUUCAGAAGCAAGAGGUGGAUGUCACCGAGAUAACACAGGACGUCGACGAGGCGGUGGGGGAUCUUCGGCACCACUACUUGGAGUGCGGCGGGGUUUUCGGUGCGGGCGUAAGCGGCACGUGGCUGUCGGCUUUCUUAACCGUGUACGGGCGAGGGGGGGCGAAGAGAGUGAAGGUGCGCGGCGUCGACAAGGACGGGCAGCCGGUGACCCACACGUACCAGAUGCACGAGCGGCAGAUCAAGGGGCACGUCUACCAGAGAAACUACCGGGACUGCGAACUGUUGUGCGCGAAGUUCGCGAGGGGGAGCAUGACGAACCUGCUGGAGCGGCUGGACGACCUGUUGAAGCUCGGGCCGACGAAGCUGUUUCGGGCGGGCAAGUGGCCGCGGCUUCGGAUGGUGAGAGGGAAGAAGACGAGGGAGUAUCUCCAUGGCUGCAGUGCUAUCUUCGACGACAGGCUCCCCGGGUUCGAUUUGAAGGAGGUGGAGAAGGAGCUGGCAACUUGGGCCCCGAUCAUGCAGAACCACCACAACGAGGAGGGCUUCUACCAGGGCCUGACGAACUACCUUGGCAACACGGAGUCAAGCAGGCGCUGGCCCAACCUCAUGCUUCUCUAGAAAGCAUGCACGGUGUUACCAUUCUCAACUGUGGAGUGCGAACGUGGUUUUUCCAGGCAGAACGUGAUCAAGUCUUGGGUCCGUGGUGCUCUGUACAAUGCCCGCCUGGGUGAGCUGAUGAUGAUUUCGCUGCUGAGAUGCGACAUCAACUGGCAGGAGGCGCUGGAGCUGUGGCACGCAAAGAAGAGAAGACCAACGAAGUCGAUGGUGUUCGCAUCACAAGAGAGGAAGCGCAAAGGCAAGGCACUGCUGGAAGGGGCAGCGCAGGAUUCUCCAGUGCCAGACUACUUAGGAGAGGAUUGGGAUGAGAAGGAGGAGGAGGAGGGGGAGAGGGAUGAUGGACAUGCAGUAGCUAUAGAAGACAACCCCUUUCUGUCGGAUGAUGAGGCGGAGGAUGUCGUCGCUGUGGAUGUGCCAGAGUUCUAGCUAGGCUAGGAAAUUAGACUAGGUGUUGGUUAACUGCCCGAAUGUUAUAAAAUAAUGGCGAGUAAAUGGU